AUGAGUAGAGAAAGAUUAGUAGAGAAUAAUGCAAACAAGAAAAUACCAUCGUCGAAUGCAGUAGUAAACAACAUCGCUGGAUUUUACGACAAGAAUGUAAUGCAAAACGGAUAUAACCCAAAUUUGCAAAACGGAUAUAAUCCAAAUUUGCAAGACGGAUCUAAUCCAAAUUUGCAAAAUGGAUAUAACCCAAAUUUGCAAAAUGAAUAUAACUCAAAUUUGCAAAACGGAUAUAACCCAAAUUUGCAAAACGGAUAUGAUCCAAAUUUGCAAGACGGAUCUAAUCCAAAUUUGCAAAACGGAUAUAACCCAAAUUUGCAAAAUGAAUAUAACUCAAAUUUGCAAAACGAAUAUAACCCAAAUUUGCAGACCGGAUAUACUCAACAAAUCAACGAUACGAAUUCAACAAACUUAUGGUGCCACAGCUUCGCUGGUGGUAGCAACAGUCUCGACAGUAGAAAGAAUUUCCAUCCGUCGUUUCCUCCGACUUCGCAAUUUUCCGAGCACCAGCAGGUAUCGCAGUACAGCAACAGUAACUACCAGGUUGGGCCUCCAUUUCAAGUCGCACGUCAACAAUUAUCCAACCCCGACGGUAACUUUCAGGGCUAUCAAAAUUCGUUGUACAAUUCCGGGUGCCAGUCGUUGAAUAACACUACAAACGUGUACGGUACCAACGUCCAAAAUUCGUCCGGCUAUCACAAUCUUACAUCAUCAUCAUCAUCUUUCAAAAAUAUUUCGCCGGGACAUACUGUAUUAGCGCCGUCAUUGACGCAGACAAACAACGCGCAGUCACAGCUACCUGGCUACGCGUGUUCCGAAAAGCACAAAGUUUGUAUUGCCAACCCGUUCACAACGACAUUCACGACGUCGCCCACGUCGACGAAUAAUACGCGUAGCAUCACCGCUACCAACGCGGCAUCGACUGUCUCUAACGUGCCGUAUGAGCAGUUACCGUUAACGUACAGUUCCUUAAACUUUUCAAGGAACAAGACGGAGUUUAACGGCGUAAGUCCUGAAGAGCGACAGCAGUCGUGUGGUGGAUCAUCCUCGUCAUCCCGAUUCAUUCCGGUUACGAGAUAUAACGUCACGGCGAACACACUGCAUAGGAAUCCUUUUUCAGUCCUGUUGAACACCAACGUAGGUACUAGCAGUAACAACGCCUGCGUGGACAGGAACCGUUUCUUGAAAGAGCACUCCCUGAAGACGGCAGUGAUAGAAGAACAGCAUAAGCUGCCACAAUCGCAGCAAGAAUCGCCGGUGAUACCACGUUACAGGGCGAACAACGCUAAUUUCUUCUUGGAAACGGGUCCAACGAUAAAGGAACAGUCAUCCGCGAUAGAUACAAACGUGGCUGAUACCAUUGCUGCCCGUAAUCGUAGCAAUUUUAAACAGCAAUCGUUCUGCGCGGGAAGAAGCACCAGCGAUCCAUCGCUGGUAAAGCACGCGGCCCUGCCGCAUUAUUUAGACAACAUUUCGCCAACAUCGAACAUCGUAUCGGAGAUGAAAUACGAGACACAAUCAGGACCACCGGCGGCACCGCCGCAUCUGACUUCAUCUGGCGUUGAACCACCUCAUAGUAGCCAAGGUUCCGGGAUCGUGGUGGGUAAUUCGCCAGCUGAGAUUGAUAGUUUGCUGUUACCAUGGACAAAUGGACCAGAGUUCCUGGAGGGAGGAGUCCCAGAUGCAAAACAGACGGCCGUUGGAUUUCAAGAUAACUGGGAUUCGAUCCUGGCUACGACAGUCUCCGAUCAGUCAUUGCCGGACGUGAAGCUGCUCCCGCUUCCACCUUUUACCAAUUACACGGGACAUCUUCAAAUCAAUGGCAUCCCUGGGCAUCACUAUCACACAAUAGCCUCGUCUGGUCAAAGAUCGUCGAUUGAUGUGCCGUCUGCCUCCCCCACACCAUCCUCGAAUCAAGAAUUUUUUGAGUCGCCUGUAGUGUCUUCUAGUACUCCAUGUCCGCAGGCGAGUCAGAAACAGUCGCAACAACAACAGCAGCAACAGCCACAGCAAAAUCAUCAACAACCGCAGCAUCAUCAUUCUCAUAAUCAACAGCAACAGCUGCCACAAUCCACGCAGCAAAUAAUUUACGAGGAUAUGGACGAUAUAGCGCAGAUCAUCGGAUCUGCGAUAGCCGAUACGACGGUUCCAGGCAAUGGAAAUGGACCCAGUUCCGAGCAGGAUACAGACGCUUCAAGGGAUUGGAUAGACAUCGCCGAUUGGAUUACGGAUUGUUCACCUAAGACCCAAGAAACAACCUCGCCUAAUACGUUCGCGCAUCAAAUUUAUGUGACAACGACUCCGACCACGCAGACGCAGCAACAUGCUGGUUCGGCGUUGCAAAAUUUGCUCACGCAAAAUCCCACUAAACUUGAUUACGCGCCCUUACUCCAGGCAAGGUUGCAACAGUCUGGAAACCCCACAAAUUUACAGAACGCUUCGUGUGGUGAAACCCCCUCGUCAACAAGCCCAUUUCCACCGCUUAGCCCGCCUAAUCGGGUAUCUACAUCUUGUAGUCCCGAGGAUAUUCUGCACUCGUCUUUUGCCACGCCCUCCCACCCCAGAAAGAGGUCACGAUCCUCGCCAGGCUCUGGGGGCUCGCCCUCAAAGAAGGGUCCGACAGCCGGUGCUGUGGGGGUACAAUAUGGAACGGAAUCGAGUUUAAUGAGUGGCAAGGAUAAGCCAAUACAUCGGUGUCAUAUCUGUCAAAGAGGUUUCCUAAAUAAAAGCAAUAUUAAAGUACACCUGCGUACGCAUACGGGUGAGAAACCAUUCAGAUGCGAUGUAUGUAACAAAGCAUUCAGGCAAAAGGCACAUCUUAUUAAACAUCAGCAGAUUCACAAAAGAAUUGGAAGGGAUUAGAUGUUUUUUUUUUUCAAUUAUACAAACAUAUUUAAUAAGAUAAUUUAAUAACAUAGUCUACAAUAGUUAAGUAAAAUAGAUGAAUAUACAUAAUAAGAACAUUUGAACACAAGAAACAUAUGACACACUGAAGUACGUUAUGUACUUAUGAUGAAAUAUGUCAAUUGAUUGAGUGAACAAUUUUAAUCAUCGGAAUCAAAAUAAAUAUUGCAAAAUCUGUAUCUUUAAUAGCUUCGAAAAAUGGUCUGAUAGAAUUGCAAUGACGAGCUGCUUGACAUUCAAGCUCUGAAUAUCAACGAAUCUUGAUCAGAAAUAACAAUACAGAAUAAGAUAAUUGUUAUUCUCUAUUGUUAUGUCUUAUUAGGUAUUCAAUAAUAUUUGGAACUCACGGUCCAGUAAUGCAUUGCGUAAAAUUGUAUCAGACUACUUACAAGUACGGACUAACUCACGUAUUAAAGAUACAGUUGAAUUCUACUAAUAAUUUAUAUCAAAAUAUGAUUCUCAAUUGAACUGUUAGCCUGAUGCCUGAAUGGUGGACAAGUGAUUCUUGAAGCGCAGGUGCAAUAAUGAAGCAAUUAGUGUCUUCAAUAUUGAUCAGCUUCAAGUAUGACUUAUUUGGAAAUAUCUUUGAUGAUUUCAUCGAUGCAUGACUUCUCAGUGCCGUCAUUCUUAUUCGCAAACGCGAUUUCGUUCCAGACUCCGUAUACGCGGUAUAAGAAGAAUUUUUAGGAAAUUUUACUUAUACAUACAUCCACAAAUAUC